AUGAACCGUUUACCGGGCAAAGCAACGUAUGGCGCCCAGCACGCGGCACUGUUGUCCUCAGUGGCGGCGCAGUUUCCGUGGACCAUCACCUCCGACGAGAAACGCUGCCUCUCCUUUCUAUGGCAUCAUCUUAUCCCCGCCUCGGUGGUUGUUUCGGGGGUGUCCGACCUUUUCUCGCCGCGGAAUCUGAUCGGCCAACUGAGCGCCGUCGAGCCGGCCGUCUACCAUGCCCUCGUAGCCCUAAGUGCCAUCAAUCACCGGGUACUUGAAGCGGGGAUUGCAAUCCCCGGACAGUCGCUGUGUAGUAAAUGGCAUCAUUUCGCCCUGGAGCAGUCGCUGCGCGCAUUCACUCUUCUGAAGCACCGGCCUGCCUCCCAAGAUCCACGUCUCCGCCAGGUGAUUCUAGUCUGCUGCCUGCUCUUCGUGCUGAUGGAGCUGGCGUCCGCCCGCUACGACGACGCCAACACACACCUGCAAGCCGGGCUGAGAAUUCUCUACGAGGAGGCGCCGUUCUCUUUCCCCAUAGACCCAAUUCUAUCCGACGCCUUUCUCUACCUGGAAUCACACGCAGCGUUUCACGGAGUCCACCAGCCUUUCCGCGAGCUGGACGCCCAAUUCGUCCGCCUCGAAACCUUGGAAAUCCAGCUCCGCCCAUGCCGGAGCGUCGAGCACGCACGUCAAGCCCUGAACCCUCUCGUGCCUACCAUCUUCCGCCUCCUCGAGCGGUGCUGGAGCCUGUCCGAGACCGACCUCGCACGCCAAUACGGCGUCCUGCAGCCCAAACAACAGCGCCUGCUAUCCUGUCUGACCCAAGUCAAAACCUACUUCGACGACCUACUGACAACGUAUCCCCACUUCACUGACCGCGAGCGGCGCUCCGCAGACGUGGUGCAACUGAGCCUGCUCACUUUCACUUUAUCCCUCAAGACCUGCCUGCACGCCCCGUGGGAUCCCGCAUUACACCCACUACGCCCGGAGUUCGAGGAUCUGAUGGCGAACACUGUGGCCCUGAACGCUAAACUGGGGACGCGCCCGCAGUUUACCCCCGAUGGAAUCCUGUGCGCUGCCCUGAGUUUCCUGGCGCUGCGAUGUCCGGAUUACCGCAUUCGUCUGCAGGCCAUCGCUGAACUACGAGCUUCUCCACGCGCAGAAGGAUAUUAUAACGGACUGGUGGUGGCGGAAUUCGCCAUCAGUGGGUUGAAGCUCGAGUUGACCCAGUCCACGUCGGGAUCGAUCAAGCAAGAUACCAGGCAGCAACGGCUACAGUUCAAGAAUACGCCCUAUCCUCAAGACAGAACCAUGGAAGAGCUGCUCGGUCUGCAGCAGGAUGAGCACUUGCUGGGGUCGAUUGCCACCCUGCAAGGCGCCUCAGACUGGCUGUCCAACCAGGUGGGCGGGCAGGUCCAGACGGAGUGCUCGGAAGUCGGCGGGCAUCAGGUCUGGUAUCUCAAUGCGUUGAAUCCUGGGGGGGUGCCGCGGGAAGAGGGGGACAGGCAGCGGCCUUCAAUGUACAGAAUUGACUACGCAACGUAG